AUCCAAAAUAUAAACAUGAAAAAAAAAAAAAUUCUUCAUUAUAAAUAACAAGAAUACAGCUUUCCGUAAAUUUUCAUUUCUACGAUAUAUCCAGAAUCCAAACGGACAAAUUAUAACAGUAAUAUUACUACCUCAGACCAACACAGAAAAAAGAAAACCCAGAUCAAAAUUCGAACGUUUAACGGGCGCCUGAAGGAAAAAACCAAUCAUGUCUUGUACCGUUGCGAUUUCAAACUCGCCGGUGUUUUCCCCAACCAGCACUCACCGGGUUUCCUCAUCUCUGUUCUGCAAAGUCUCUGCUUCUUCCUGUGGUGCUUCCUCCUCGCCGGAAAGUCUCAAAAACACGUCUUCUUCCUCGCCGUCUUCUCCGUUGAGGGGUCUCCGGCUGCAGAAGCCGCCGCCGAGUCCGAGUGGACUGAUUAGGGCAUCUGGGGAUUGUUCGGCUUCCUUGGAUGUGACUUCGCCGUCUGUAUCUAAGAGGAAGAGGCCGGCGAGGUUGGAUAUUCCGAUUGUUUCGAUGGGGUUUGCGAAUAUUCCGGCGACCCCUUCUGCUGCAGCGGGGCCGAGGAAGGACUGGGAUGUGGUUGAAGUGGAGGGAGAUGGGUAUGGGGUUUAUUGUAAGAAAGGGAGGAGAGAAGCCAUGGAGGACCGUUUCUCGGCUGUGGUCAAUCUUCAAGGAGAUUCAAAACAGGCUUGUUUCGGUGUAUUUGAUGGGCAUGGUGGUGCAAAAGCUGCUGAGUUUGCAGCAGAGAACUUGCAGAAAAACAUAAUAGAUGAAAUAGAGAAGAGUAAAGAUGGUCAAAUUGACGAUGCAGUGAAGAAUGGUUACUUAAGAACUGAUUCUGAAUUUUUGAAGGAAGAUGUUUGGGGUGGAUCAUGCUCCGUGACAGCUUUAAUCCGGAAUGGGAAUUUAGUGGUGUCCAAUGCUGGUGAUUGUCGCGCUGUAGUUAGUCGAGGAGGUAUAGCUGAGGCACUUACAUCUGAUCACCGGCCUUCAAGGCAAGACGAAAGGGAUCGAAUUGAAGCUCUGGGUGGCUAUGUCGAUUGUAAGCAUGGUGUUUGGCGAAUCCAUGGCUCUUUAGCUGUGUCUAGAGGAAUUGGUGACCAGUAUCUUAAACAGUGGGUUGUAGCAGAACCAGAGACAAGAAUCCUUGGACUUGAACCUGACCUUGAAUUCUUAAUCCUUGCUUCUGAUGGAUUAUGGGAUAAGGUCACUAAUCAGGAAGCAAUUGACAUCGCUCGGCCUUUGUGCAUCAGCAUUGAGAAACCUCAGAUGUUAUCAGCUUGUAAAAGGCUUGUUGAUCUCUCCAUUUCGCGAGGUUCGGUGGAUGAUGUUAGCGUUAUGCUAAUCCAGUUAGCACAAUUUUAUUGACUUAUCUCAUUUGAUACUAGAAAAAUAGGUCAAAUAAAUCUAACAAGACUAGGUUAGACUAGACUGAGGGAAUUCACCCUCCAAUAUCUUUAUUCUUUCUGGGAGGAUCAGUUGCUGGAAAGUAGCUAGGACAUACAUGAUCUAACUAACUGGGCAGAUGGUGUGUUUGGUUUCUCAUCUGAAGAAUAUGAAGUGCUUCAGAACUGGGAUCAUCUUAAAGCCUGGUUUUGAAUCUCUGUAGGAGUUGUAUCCAUUUUCGGAGUUGAAUUUCUCUUGAGAAGCUAAGCACACUCGACGGAAGUCUACCCUUCGAUUCUAGUUGUUUUAGGACAGAGCAGCUGCUUCUUUCCUGUGAUUUGUAAUUAUGAACAUCAAUUCAUUGCAGACGCUAAAGAUUUUAGUGUUACUUCAUUCUAGUUACUUCACUCUAGUCAUGAUAGUAAAAUUAUUUUUGCUUCAAGUACAGUGACAAACUUUCUUUUGUUCUGGUAAAUGCAAUAUUACGUUAAUGGGCUUAUGUUGGUGUUCAGUAAGACCCUCCUUAACCUCGUC